AUGGCGCCCCAGACAAAGAAGCGCAAGCUUGAAGCGACGGCUACAACGCCUGCCUCAUCAGCGACCAAGCGAAUGAAGAAGCAGAAACAGACCCCGCGACGGGCAGUCGACGCCAACGCCCUGGCAUGGAAGUCGGUGGACGAGGACAUCUUCGGAUGCCUCCAGGUGAUUGACAAUGUCAGCGUCGUCAAGAACGGUAACAAGGUGGAAUUUCUGGUCAAGGAGGGGGAGACCAAGGCCGAUGCCGAUACCAACGGUGAUGACAAGGGGGAGGAGGAUUAUUUCGAAGGAUUCAGCGACAACGACAACGACAACGAGCAAGAAGCUGAGCCCGUCGAGGGGGAGGGGCAGAAUAAGAAGAAGACAAACACAAAGACAGAUGUGGUAGAGGAGAGGCCGGGCAAGAAGAAAAAUAAGGAGGAGACAAAGGCAAAGGAGACGGGUACAGAGGAGAAGACCCCCGCAAUCAAGGAGAAGAAGAAAAAGCAGCAGCAGCAAGACGCCCAACUACAAGACUCCCAUAGAGUCGGCGGCAAUGCCUUCAGCGCACUCCAAUACCAUGACAACGAUGACUCGGAAAUGGACAUGGCACCGUGGGUCCAGCUCGGCCUGUCGCCCCCGCUGCUGUCUGCCCUUGCCGGACUGAAGUUCGCCAAGCCGACCAAGAUCCAGAAGAGGGCGAUCCCGGACAUUCUGAGCGGCGAGUCCGUCAUCGGCAAGGCUCAGACGGGAUCGGGUAAAACGCUGGCGUUUGGCAUCCCCAUCGUCGAGAGGUGGCUGGAGCUGGCCGAGGGCAGGACCGAACAGGACUUUGAGCGGCGAAAGGACGAGGGUACGCACCAGCCGCUCGCCCUAGUCAUGAGCCCCACGCGCGAGCUGGCCAAGCAGAUAGGCGACCACAUCAAGGCCGUGUGCGACCGUCUGCCUUCCUCUGCGCCCUUCGUCUGCGUCAUCACUGGCGGGCUGAGUAUCCAGAAGCAGCGUCGCCAGCUGGCCCGCGCAGACAUCGUCAUCGGUACGCCCGGUCGUCUGUGGGAGGUCCUCGAGGGGGACUCGAAGCUUCAGGACGUCUUUAGCAAAAUUCGCUUCCUUGUCGUCGAUGAGGCGGACCGUCUCUUCAAGGCUGGCCAGUUCAAGGAGGCUGAGGAUGUCAUUGGUGCCCUGGACAGGAACAGCCCUGCCGACGAUGAGGAUAGCGGCAGCGACGACGACGGCGACGAGGACAGCAACCACAGACAGACGCUCGUCUUCUCUGCCACAUUCGACAAGGAGCUACAGACCAAGCUGUCAGGUCCUAGGAAGACGGGACCCAAGAAGAACGGAAAGGGCGGAGAUGAUGGCCAGAUGGGCUAUCUCAUGAAGAGUCUUCGGUUCCGUUCAGAGCCCAAGUUUAUCGAUGUGGAUCCUGUGCGACAAAUGGCUGAGAAGCUGAAGGAAGGCUUGAUUGAGUGUGGUGCUAUGGAAAAGGACCUCUACCUCUACACAGCCCUGAUCCUCAACCCGAAGCGCCGCAUCCUCGUCUUUGCCAACUCCAUCUCGGCAGUCCGUCGCCUCACGCCCUUCCUACAGAACCUCAACCUGAACGCCCUGCCUCUGCACUCGCAGAUGAUUCAAAAGGCCCGCCUUCGGUCUCUCGAGCGCUUCACCGCUGCCACAAAAUCCUCCAUCCUCGUCGCCACCGACGUGGCUGCCCGUGGUCUCGACAUCCCCGAGGUAGACAUGGUGCUGCACUACCACGUCCCCCGCGCGGCAGACACCUACGUCCACCGAUCCGGUCGUACCGCACGCGCCGAGCGCGAAGGUGUGAGUGUCAUGCUGUGUUCGCCAGACGAAGUUCUUCCCACGCGUCGUCUGGCCGGCAAAGUGCAUGCCGAGGCGGCCCGUAAGCACGUCAUCCAGACGCUGCCUAUUGACCGCAAGAUUGUCUCACGCCUCAAGCCCCGCACCGACCUGGCGAAGAAGCUGGCAGAUGCGGUACUGGCUAAGGAAAAGGCCCACGGGGACGAUUCGUUUAUGCGAUCUGCGGCCGAAGAUCUUGGAGUCAUAUACGACUCAGACGAGGUAGACUCGAGACAACUCGGGUACGGGCGCGGCGGAGGUAGGAAGAAGAAGGAGCAGGCGGCGAGCGGGUUGUCGAAGGCCGAGAUGAGAGCCAUGAGAGCGCAGUUGAGGCACGAGCUGUCGCAGAGAGUCAACCUGGGUGUUAGCGAGAGGUAUAUAACAGGCGGGAGGGUCGAUGUCGCUGCCCUACUGCGUGAGAGGGAAUCGGGGAAUGCCAGCAUCUUCCUCGGGGCCGAAGGCAUGGGGCUGGGCUUCGAUCUAUAG